GACCCGGAAGUUAAAAUGUGGCUGGGGUCAGUGUUGAUCUGACGCUGUAAAUAGGGCCCCUGGCCCCGCCCACCCUCCACCUUCCAACAAUCAAGAUGGAGCCUCGUCAUGGAAUCAUGAAAGCAUUCCCUAAGGUCAAAAGAGCUACAGUGCGUCCAGAAAAGGACGGCCCUCCGCUAAAAGUGAAACAAAGCGACUGUAGCAGGACGGGGAAUACCUUCAGCGGUGUCUCUGUGUACAUCUUACCUGCCGGAAUCGGAAAUGCCAGGUGUCAGAUCUUCCAGCGGCAGAUUCAGCAGAAUGGUGGACAGACGGAGAGUUCACUGUGUCCUGGUGUCACUCAUGUUGUUGUCGAUGAUAAGAUGGACAGCAGCAGGGCUCUGCGCUUGCUAGGCAUGGACAGUAUGCCCUCUGGAGUCCAGCUGGUCAAAUGCACUUGGUUGAGUUUGUGCAUCAGUAAGAAACAUCUGCUGGACGUUGGCAGCUACAGCCUGCUGCUCUCCACGAGGGACUCUGAAACCCAACAUGAAGGUGUAAAAGAAGACCUGCACGAUGCCAAAGCUGCCGCAGAUACAUCUGUAGAGGCCACGAGUGAUCAAGCCAAGCAGGAAUCCACUGAAAAGAUCAUCCCAGAGUACACAGAGGAAGUACAAGAAGAAGAAGAAGACGACAGACUCUCACAGAGCAGCCUGGAAGCACUGAUCACUGGUCAGUGUCCCAAGGAGGACAGUCCUGGCCUCAGUCCAGACCCUGGACCAGACUCUGCUGCUCAGACAGGGUUCUUAGGGAGGUGGGUCUGUGCCCAGUCCUCCCAGUCCAAAACCAACAACUUCAACAAACACAUCACAGACAAACUGGAAGUGCUGGCCAAAGCCUACACUCACCAGGGGGACAAGUGGAGGGUGCUCAGCUACUCCAAAGCCAUCAAUGCAUUGAAGAGCCACCACAAGCCUGUGACAUCACAUCAGGAGGCCUGUCAGAUUCCAGGAAUUGGAAAACGAAUGGCUGACAAAAUUGAUGAGAUCAUGGAGAGUGGUCACCUGCGAAAGCUCGACCACAUCGGGGAGGCUGUGCCCGUGUUGGAGCUUUUCAGCAACAUCUGGGGCGCGGGUACCAAAACGGCUCAGCUGUGGUACCAACAGGGAUUUCGGACUUUGGACGACAUCCGCACCAAAGCUCACCUUAGCAACUGUCAGAAAAUAGGACUUAAACACUACGACGACUUUCUUGACCGAAUGCCCAGAGAAGAAGCAGCAGCCAUCGAGAAAAUGGUCAAGGAUGCUGCGCAGGCUGUCAACCCAGGCCUGCUGGUGAUGGCGUGCGGCUCGUACCGCAGGGGAAAGGCCACAUGUGGGGAUGUUGAUGUGCUUAUAACUCAUCCUGAUGGCAAAUCCCACAAAGGUGUGUUCAGUAAAGUACUGCAGCUCCUCUGUGACAGUGGUUUUUUGACAGAUGACCUGGUGAGCCACGAGGAGAAUGGGGAACAGAAGAAAUAUAUGGGUGUGUGCCGCUUGCCGGGACCAGAUCACUGCCAUCGCAGACUUGACAUCAUCGUGGUGCCUUACAAUGAGUUUGCCUGUGCACUUAUGUAUUUCACUGGCUCGGCGCACUUCAAUCGCUCCAUGAGAGCCCUGGCAAAGUUCAAAAACAUGAGCUUAUCGGAGCACUCGCUCAACAAAGAAGUGGUUCGUCGAGGGAGUUUGAAGGUGUUUGGUGGCACUCCGAUUCCUACACUGAUGGAAAAGGAUGUUUUUAGUCUUUUAGGAAUACCUUACAGGGAGCCCCAUGAACGGGACUGGUGAUUAUCAACUGCUUUUUAGCUUUCGUCAGAGUAACGAUGGUAAUCUUGACAAUAGCGGAGUCUACAAUUGUGCUUUUUACAAACUGAUAUGUGAGGUAAUAUAUAAUCACUGUUUGACUUGAAUGUUAAUUUCACUGCACAGAUGAAUACGUUUGAAUGUAA